AUGGGGAGGGGUGAUUUCUUCAUAAAUCUACCAUCAGAACUCACCGCUAAAAUCCUCUCACGACUCCCUCUCCGAAGCCUUGCACUCAGCAAAUGCGUCUGCAAACCAUGGCGCAAUCUCCUCGGCUCCCUCGAUUUCACCAAAUCCCUUCUUUUCGAUCCUGAAACCCCUCCUUUCCUAGCUUGCUUGACGCCGGCGAGGGCUGACGAUAGGAUUGGCUCAACUCGUUGCACAAUUUUAGAAAUCGAAGAGGAAUUUGGGAAUCCGGACAACCAUCUCUUUAUAUGGAAUCCUCUCACUUGUCAGUAUAUCGAGAUCUGCCGACCCAAACAAUCCAUGUCGAUUAAUUUUAAUUAUAGGUUGAGUCUUGGAUUCGGUGUGAGUCAAAUUAGUGGGCAAUAUAAGGUCGUGUGCAUCAAUCGCGACGGAUCUGCCCAUCAUGUGUACACCCUCGGGACGGGAGAAUGGAGGCGCCUUGAAGCUGGCGCUGCUUCUGGUUUCGGAUUCCGUUCAUACGGACGGAUUGUGUGUAACGGAAACCUCCACUGGAACGUGUAUGACUCCACUCGACCCUUGUUGAUAUGUGGUUUUGAUGUUGAAACAGAAUGUUUUAGCAUCUUCUCUGCUCCUCCUGCCGCUGUUCAGCAUCCGUAUGUGGAGUUGAGUGUUUUGAGGGACUGUCUGUGUGUUUCUUACGCGUGGAACGAUAAUAUAUUCUUCUGGUCGAUGAAGGAAUACCAAGUCGAGGAAUCUUGGACCUUUGAGUACAGGUUGACUUAUAAUGGUUAUGAUUUUAAUUUUGGCGAUUGCUAUGGAAUAGAGUCUGUUUAUCCUAUCAAAGUUUUCAAUGAUGGUGACAUUUUGAUGUUGAUGGUGCCGAAACACAUUGACUUAUACUACCAGAAGACGCGUCUCAUCUACUACUCCAGCAAGAAAGGUACUAUUGAACAACUCGGUCUGAUUCAUGAACAUCUCGGUCCGAUUGAUGAAUCACUCAGUACGAUUGAGUAUUCCAAUAGGCUUAUGGAACAACUCCGUACAUUUGAGGAAUUGUAUGUGCGGAAUCACCUUACCCAUGCCAUGAUUUUCACUCCUGUCCUUCUCUCACUAAAGACUUUUGGAAUCGAGAAUGUAAUCUCGUACUAA